GGUCAGGGACGGAGGUGCCUGUUUACUGGAGUGGAGCUCGCAGUUGCCUCCUCCUCUGCCACCGCCGCUGCUGCCGCUGCCGCCGCCGCGGAAACUGAGGAGAGCUGGGGCCCCGGACCGCGCGCCCUCCGGGCAGCUCGCCCGCCCACGGAAAUUGAGAUGACAUCUGCUCACCCUUAGCUUUAUAGCCACCUCUCUUCGCCAUUCCUCCUGAGUUUUUGAAAAAAGAUGAAGAUCACCAGCAAGUCUGUCUGCCAGUUCUUCCAGUCCCCUGGGAUGUAUUUCAUCUAGACCUGGUGACUUGACCUCAUCAGGAACAGCCAGGAUUCCAUGAGAAGUUGACUGACUGGAAAAAACAGGAUAUGAGAAAAGUCUUUAGGUGACUAACACUGCAGUGGAGACCUGGUUUCUGGUCUGAAUCUCAAUUUUUAAAAAACAUAUUUUAAGUUAUGCAUCUUUCUAAUGCCAUUCUUUGGGCCACCAUUACAUUGGGUGGACCAACUCUGAAGAAUUUAUGAGGUUAUGGACAAGAGGUACACGAAUGAAACAUCAUGGAUGGGUUGCAGUCUUCACUACUGGUAGAAGUAUUCAUGUGGAUUUAUGAUUCAUACAAGCAAGUCAAGACAUCAGUACUUUUUUGGAGGCUCUACGAUGUUCUGGGAUUUGAUAGCAUCUGCAGAGAGGAGCAUCUCCACGACCUCGCCUUCUGCAAGGAAUUCUUCUUCGAUUUAGACUUUGCACUGGGCAUCCUCUGUGACCAUAGUAAAUACCUUUGAAUAUUCAAUGGCUGACCAGAGAAUGGACAUUUCUUCUACAAUUAGUGAUUUUAUGUCACCAGGUCCCACUGACCUCAUCUCCAGCUCCCUUAGUGCCCCUGGGAUGGAUUGUAAUCGAAAAAGGAAAGGCAGUUCAACUGAUUAUCAACUCGAUGGCUUUUCUUUUGAAGAAAGUAUGGAUACAGACAAAGAUGACCAGCAUGGAAGGUUGGAAUACCCAGACCAGCAGGGCAGAAUCAGAAAUGCCAGGGAAGCUCACAGUCAAAUUGAAAAAAGGCGUCGAGAUAAAAUGAACAGUUUUAUUGAUGAACUAGCUUCUUUGGUACCAACAUGCAAUGCAAUGUCCAGAAAGUUGGAUAAGCUUACUGUAUUAAGAAUGGCUGUUCAACAUAUGAAAACUUUACGAGGUGCCACCAACCCAUAUACAGAAGCAAACUACAAACCUACUUUUCUGUCAGAUGAUGAGCUAAAACAUCUCAUUCUCAGGGUGCCUGGUCAGUUGAAGUUCCCUCCCAACCAUAUGAUCCCCCUGUGCCAAGGUCAUCACUUUCUCCUUCUGGCAGCAGAUGGAUUUCUCUUUGUCGUCGGAUGUGACAGAGGAAAGAUAUUAUUUGUUUCAGAGUCUGUCUUUAAAAUCCUCAACUAUAGCCAGAAUGAUCUAAUUGGUCAGAGUUUGUUUGACUACCUACAUCCUAAAGAUAUUGCCAAAGUUAAGGAACAACUGUCUUCUUCAGAUACUGCUCCAAGAGAAAGACUAAUAGAUGCAAAAACUGGACUUCCAGUUAAGACAGACAUAACCCCUGGGCCAUCAAGACUAUGUUCUGGAGCCAGACGUUCAUUCUUCUGUAGAAUGAAAUGCAAUAGGCCUUCAGUUAAAGUUGAAGAGAAAGAUUUCCCCUCAACCUGUUCAAAGAAAAAAGCAGACCGAAAAAGCUUCUGCACCAUCCAUAGCACGGGAUAUUUAAAAAGCUGGCCACCCACAAAAAUGGGCCUGGAUGAGGACAGUGAACCAGAUAAUGAAGGCUGUAACCUCAGCUGCCUUGUAGCAAUUGGACGGUUACACUCUCAUGUCGUUCCACAGCCAGCGAAUGGGGAGAUCAGGGUGAAAUCUACAGAAUAUGUUUCUCGCCAUGCAAUUGAUGGGAAAUUUGUUUUUGUGGACCAGAGGGCAACAGCAAUUCUGGCAUAUUUACCCCAAGAACUUCUAGGCACUUCGUGUUAUGAAUACUUUCACCAAGAUGAUAUAGGACACCUCGCAGAAUGUCAUAGGCAAGUUUUACAGACAAGAGAAAAAAUUACAACUAAUUGCUACAAAUUUAAAAUCAAAGAUGGUUCUUUCAUCACGUUGAGAAGUCGCUGGUUCAGUUUCAUGAACCCUUGGACAAAGGAGGUAGAAUACAUUGUCUCUACCAACACCGUCGUUUCAGCCAACGUGCUAGAAAGCGGGGAUCCAACUUUCCCACAGCUCACAGCUUCCCCCCACAGCAUGGAUAGCAUACUGCCCUCUGGAGAAGGUGGACAGAAGAGGAGCCAUCCUACUGUUCCUGGAAUUCCAGGUGGAACAAGAGCUGGUGCAGGCAAAAUUGGUCGAAUGAUCGCAGAAGAGAUCAUGGAGAUACAUAGGAUAAGAGGGUCAUCACCCUCUAGCUGUGGCUCCAGCCCCUUGAACAUCACAAGCACGCCUCCUCCCGAUGCAUCUUCCCCAGGAGGCAAAAAGAUUCUAAAUGGAGGAACUCCAGACAUUCCUUCUGCUGGCCUCCUACCAGGGCAGCUCCAAGAUAACCCUGGCUAUCCAUAUUCUGACAGUUCCUCUAUUCUUGGUGAGAACCCCCACGUUGGUAUAGACAUGAUUGAUAACGACCAAGGUUCCAGCAGCCCCAGUAAUGACGAAGCAGCCAUGGCAGUCAUCAUGAGCCUCUUGGAAGCAGAUGCUGGUCUUGGUGGCCCUGUGGACUUCAGUGACUUACCUUGGCCACUUUAAACAAUACUGUACAGUUGCUUCAGCAACAUCUGCAGUAUCAAAGUGCAUUAUUGGUGGAGUUUGACUGUCUGUGAAGCAUCUUGGAUAAAGAGAUAACAGCUUUUAUGUUCGAACUUUAUGAUAAAAGCCAUCUCAAAGCCAUUGAUACAAGUCAAUCCUACUAUGUGUAACUUAAGACAAAGUGGAACUAAAACCGCUACAGUGUUUCUGCAUCAUUGAUUAUUGAGCUAGCUGUGAAUAGCUUGCAUUAAUUGUAUAUUUUGGAUUCUGUUCGUGUUGAAUUUUUAAAUCAUUGUGCACAGAAGCAUCAUUGGUAGCUUUUAUAUGCAAACAGUCAUUUCAGAUGUAUGGUGUUUUUACACUACAAAGAGGUCCCCCAUGUGGACAUUUCUUAUACUAAUUGUAUCAUAAAACUGUUUAUUCUUUCUUGUAAGAAUCCUUUACUAUAAAUAUGGGUUAAAGUGUAAUGUAUUAGACAGUUAAAUAUUUUUAAAAUAAAUGUUUCCUUUGUUCUAUAAAAUACAA